UUCUCACAUCUUUGAUUAUUUAUUUUUUCUUAUUUAGAAAGUACCACAAAGAGAGACAGAGAGAGAGAAAUGGCAAGCUUGAGUGUUCCUCCAGUUUUAACUUCACCUCGUGAUGAUGCCAUACAACUUCACAAAGCUUUUAAGGGAUUCGGAUUUGAUAAAGAAGCAGUCAUUAACAUCAUUGCCCAUCGUGAUGCAACUCAGCGUGCUCUAAUUCAACAGGAAUACAGAAGUAUGUAUUCUGAAGAGCUCAACAAACGCUUAUCCAAAGAGCUUAGCGGUAAUCUUGAGAAAGCAGUCUUGCUAUGGAUGUAUGAUCCGGCAGGACGAGAUGCUACAAUAGUAAGGACGGCUUUGAGUGGUGACGUUAUUGAUCCAAGAGCUGCCACUGAAGUGAUAUGCUCACGGACUCCUUCUCAAAUACAAUAUUUCAAACAACUUUACCAUUCCAUGUUUGGUUUCAGCCUUGAACAUUAUAUUGAGUUCGCGACAUAUGAUGAUCACAAAAAGUUGCUUGUAGCAUAUGUAAGCACAAUGCGCUACGAAGGGCCAGAAGUUGACAGAGCUUCGGUGGAACAUGAUGCUAAAGCUCUUUACAAAGCUGGGGAGAAGAAAUUGGGAACUAAUGAGAAUACUUUUAUACGGAUUUUUUCUGAAAGUAGCAGAGUGCAUUUGGCUGCUGUUAGCACUGUGUAUCACAGCAUGUACGGCAACUCGUUGAAAAAGGCUGUAAAAAGUGAAACCUCUGGACUCUUUGAGUUUGCUCUCUUGACUAUUUUGCAGUGUGCUGAGAAUCCAGCAAAAUACUUUGCGAAGGAGUUGCACAAAACAAUGAAGGGAUUGGGGACGGAUGAUACAACUCUCAUUAGGAUACUAGUCACGCGAACUGAGAUCGAUAUGCAGUAUAUAAAAGCAGAAUACCAGAAGAAGCAUAAGAAAUCUCUGAACGAUGCAGUGCAUUCGGAGACUUCUGGUGAUUAUCGGACCUUUCUUCUAUCUCUUCUAGGGACUGCUCACUAAUGAAGAGUCUGUCAGCACCAUAAGCAUGAAGUUUAAAUGUUAGUAUGCCAUAAAACAAGUGUGAAUUUGCCCUAUGUUAAUUUUACUCUUUUCAAUUGUUGAGUUUGUUUUUAUUCUGAACAGUGUCUGUUCAUGACCAUAUGUUUAUUAUAUUCAAUUGGUGAUUUUGGUUUGAUUCUGAACAGUGUUUGUACAUGACCAUAUGUUAAUGAAUACUCAAUUGCUGAGUUUGGUUUGA